GUCUCCUGCCUGGACUGGGGCGCGGGAUACGCCGCGCAUGCGCUCCAUCGUUGUGUCUGUUGUAAGUCGGAGUCCGGCCAGCCGCGCGCUGCGUUCUGGGAGUGAUUGAGGAAGUAAAAUGGCGGAUUUAGCGAACGAAGAAAAGCCUGCCAUUGCUCCACCCGUCUUUGUGUUUCAGAAGGAUAAAGCACAGAAGUCCCCUGCAGAGCAAAAAGGGUUGUCGGAUUCAGGCGAGGACCCACAGGGAGAGGCUGAGUCCCCCCACGGUGGUAUGGGUCACACAGAAUCAGCUGGUGAGUGCGACUUUGAGCUUCCUGCUCCCGCUGUUGCCUCAGUCAGUACUCUGAUUCCUGCUUCUGAAGCCCAGCUUGCUCCUAUUCAACAAGAACUGGCAGGGAGGUCAGCAGAUGCAUCAAGCCCAGAAGAUGGAGAAGAAUCUGACCGUGAGGAUGGGAGUUACUGUCCUCCUGUAAAACGUGAAAGAACUUCAUCUUUAACACAGUUCCCUCCUUCACAGACAGUAACAAAGAACAAUGUCUUUAUGCCAUCAAGCUUCUGUGAACCUUCUGCAGGAAAUUCUGACUCAGAACCAGAGGAAAAGAGCAGUGGAUUCCGUCUGAAACCACCAACACUUAUCCAUGGCCAGGCACCCAGCGCAGGUCUCCCAAGCCAGAAACCUAAGGAACAGCAACGAAGUGUACUACGCCCUGCAGUUUUACAAGCACCCCAGCCUAAGGCUUUUUCACAAAUGGUUCCCAGCAGUGGGACCAAUGGUGUAAACAUCCCACCAGACUCUGCAGUGGCAGCCACAUCAGAAUCAUUAAGUAACACAACACAGAAAGCUUCUGAUGCUGAAGACCAGGUGAGAGAAUGUCAGAAAAAUGAGUCUAACAAUACUUCAGAGGAUGAAAAUGGCGAGAAGUUAGAGCACAAUGCACAGCAAGCAUUUGUAUUUGGGCAGAACUUAAGAGACAGAGUUAAGUUGGGAAAUGAAAGUGAUGAAACAGCUGAUGUACAGAAUGCUGGGCUUCCAAGCUUGGAAACGCCAUCGGCAACAAACUACUUUCUGCAGUACAUCAGUUCCAAUUUAGAGAACUCAACAAACAAUGCAGAUGCUUCCAGCAACAAAUUUGUAUUUGGACAGAACAUGAGUGAGAGAGUCUUGAGCCCACCAAAAUCAAAUGAAGCUGGUACAGAAAGUAGCAAGGAAAAUGCCGCUACAGAAUCUGGCUCUGAAUCUUCUUCACAGGAAGCUACUCCAGAGAAAGCUAAUAAUAUUUCAGAAUCACUGGCAGAGUCUGCAGCAGCCUAUACUAAAGCAACAGCAAAGAAGUGUUUACUGGAGAAGGUAGAGGUGAUCACUGGGGAAGAAGCAGAGAGCAAUGUGUUACAGAUACAAUGCAAGUUGUUUGUGUUUGAUAAGAACUCUCAGUCUUGGGUGGAAAGAGGGAGAGGACUUCUGAGACUCAAUGACAUGGCAUCAACAGAUGAUGGAACGUUACAAUCUCGACUAGUAAUGCGGACUCAGGGGAGUCUCAGGUUAAUCCUGAACACCAAGCUCUGGGCUCAGAUGCAGAUUGACAAAGCCAGUGAAAAGAGUAUCCGUAUCACAGCCAUGGAUACAGAGGACCAGGGAGUCAAAGUUUUUCUGAUAUCGGCAAGCUCUAAAGAUACAGGACAGCUGUAUGCUGCAUUACACCAUCGGAUCUUGGCUCUACGGUGUAGAGUGGAACAAGAGCAAGAAGCGAAGAUCACAGCACCUGAGCCAGAGGUAACACAAUCAAAUGAAGAAGAUAGUGAUGAUGAUGAUGAUGUCAUUGCUCCUUCAGGAUCAGCUGGAAGUGGUCCUAAUGAUGAAGGAGAUGGGCAAAAUAUUGGCAGCACAUAGCAGCUGUGAGCCCAUCUGCCUGCAAGGCUGCUGUAAACACCAUCUUGCAGGCACCUCUGUGGAUACCCCAGGCCAACGAUUGUUCCAGGCAGUGCUGAAGGCUCCAGGACUUAGGAACUGUGCAUCCCUGUUCUGUUUGUUUGGUUUUUUUGGCCUGGAUCAGUAGAUUCCACAAAAAAAGCAGACUUGGAAACUGCCUGAAUGUGGUUUGGGACAUGAAAGCUCAUCAUAUUGAUGAGCAGAAAAAUAACAUUUCCCCUUUUCCUUGUAAUUGAAAUGGCACAUUAUGACUUGUCACAGCUUUUCAUUGGGACCUUUUGACUGUUUCUUCAGUAGCUCAUGUUUUGCAGGCCUCUGAGAUAGAACUUUCCAGCACGGUUCCAACUUGAAUUCUUCUUUCUUAACUCCCACUUCUCCCUUUUCAGUUCCUGCUGCCUGCAGAGAAACUGUGCUCUUCUCUGUUCAUGCACUCACUGAUUACCCUUCUGGCUUCGUUCUCUUUGGAUUGCAGAGAGGGCAGCAUUUUUUUUACCUUAAUCCCAAUGUAAUUUGUGGAUACCAUUGUCCUUUGUCGGUCAGUCUGUACACAGAGGUUACAAAAAAAGGUGUCUUGACAGGAAAGCCUUGUACUGAGUUAAUAAGAAACUUUAAAGUUCACUGGACAUUUUGCUAACCCUUUUCUUCUUCCCUCCCACUUCCAAUAUUAUUAUUUGGGGGUUUAUAUUGUGCUGAUACUUUUUUUAUUUUAGAGCUGAAUAAGAUGCUCUUGUGUGUUGAGAAAGUAAAACUAUUGUUUUGUACUGUUCUUUUCUGUUACUAUUUAAGGGAGAGCUAAGCCACUAUAAAUAAUAGGUGUUGCAUACAAUUUUUCAUAGUAAACUUAUGUUCUUGUGGCUGUGAUUAAAGCUUAAAGAUGGCGUAUAGAUCACACACCUUCAGAACAGCUGAAACACAGCUGUCUGCCUUUGGAAGAAUGAGAUGGGCUCAUUGGUGAGUUGGGUAAGCCAUUACAACAGAUCUAGAUACAAAAACGCUGUUAUCAGUAAAGGUGUCUACAUUGCAGUUAGACACCUGCACUGGCCCAUGCUAGCUGACGGGAGCUCCCAGGGCUCGGGCUGGUGGGCUGUGUCAUUGCAGUGUAGACGUCUGGAGUCGGGCUGCAGCACGAGCUCUGUGACUCUCCCAGCUCGCAGGGUCCCAGGACUCAAGGCCAAGCCUGGCGAGUCUACACUGCAGUGACGUAACCCCCCAGCCCGAGCCUUGGGAGCCCGAGUCAGCUGGCAGAGGCCAGCUGCAGGUUUUAUUUGCAGUGUAAACAUACCCUCAGUGACUUAAGUCUCAGUUCAGCAAAGUACUUAAGCAUUGUGCCUAACUUUAAGCACAUGAGUAAUCACAUUCACAUUAAGGGAAUUACUCUUAUGCUUAAAAUUAGCGCACAUGCUUGAGCAAUUGCUGAACUGGGGGCCUUAAUGAGCAAAUCAUUUUCUAAACCUCCCUUUCCCUUUCUUGCCUCCUUAGGUUUUGCAGUAUGAAGAAUUAUUGCUAGCUUUGAUUAACUUGUGCUGAAAAACGAUGAAUCCUGUUUUGCCAAAUAAAGGCAAAAAAGUGUUUUUCUGUGUAAUUCUGAAUGGUUCCUUGUGUAACCACAGUUCAUUUUGCUUUUGUCAUUUUCUAACCUUUCAGCCUCUUGCAUCAAACUCACGACGACUGUGUUUUAGUAACGAAUUGAUACAUCUCAUUCCUGUCCAGGAAAGAUGGAAUACAUAGCCAGCUAAAAAAAGUGUGUAGCCCACUUUCCUAUAAAUAGCCCCAUUUUAUUUUAUUUUAUUUUCUCUUAUAAUUGCAUACUCUGUACAAAUUUUUUCAUUUAUAUUGGGGAGAACUAAAAUGCAUCUUCAAAAAAAAAAAAAAGAAAGAGGAAGAAGAAAUAUUUAGUGCAGGAAACCUUGAAAAUGGAAACCCAAGAGUUCUUGUAGCACAAAAGCAGCUGGGGAAACCAUUCAGAUUGAUUAAGCAGCCCUUCUAGCUUUUAUAUUAAUGAAAACCCACACCUUUUAUAGUCAGGAGUCCAAAGUGUAUUUAGCUUGUUCUCUCUGUAUUUUUCCUGUUGUCAAUAGCUAACUGUUGCCAGGGGUUUUAGUUGCUUGUUUUCCUCACUUAGCCCAUUGAAGGAGCUCCUGAUGUUACUCUUUCUGGGGUGGAAAGGGCUCGGGAUUAGCUGUGCCACUACAUUUGUGACCUCUCUGGAUUGUCUGCUCAUGCUCUGUGGGUAUUGUUAUUUCUCCAUAGAGGGAGUUGUAUCUUUUGCCAUGCACAAGCCGAUUGACACUCUCUUUUCAUGCUCCUCACUAGUAGAAAUCUGGCAGAUUUUUAAUCCUCUGCAAGUGUUUAUCUGCCUCACACACUUUUGGGAAUUCUUUGGUUUGCAUUAAGUGAUCUGCAUUUCUUUUGGACCUUUUUUACAUGGAUAUUCAAAUGAAUUUAAAAUACUCUCUUAAAAUAAACUUUCAAAGUAAAGCUUCUGAUUUCCAGCAUAAAGAUUAUUACAGAAGUUAAUAAGGUGUCUUUGUUGCAGGGCCUAACUGUGAAAUAUUAGAUGUUACUUCCUGCUUCCAAACUCCACUCUUUUUGGAGGGGUGUGUGUGUAGGGGCUCACUUUCGGGCAUUUCACAAUAGUGUUACAUUGACAAAUGUAUUAACAUCAGGAGAAUGGAAUAAGCAUGCUUUUUUUCAUGGGGCGCAGUAGUAUUAAACAGUUACCUACAGAGUUUUCUUUAAAUCUGGCAGCUGUUUACUGGUAAAACUUGGGUUUCAGCUAGAAGCCUUGCAUAUAUGUUUAUAGUAUAACAAUUAAAUAUUUCAUCUUAGUCCGAAAUAUUAUGCUCUAUAAACCAUUCACAGAAUUGGCCAGAAGUUAAUUUCAAGCCCUGUCCAGAAAGAUGUAGUUAGGCCAGAUCUAAACGUUAUUACACUUUCUGCUUUAAGCCUUAGUAAACUAGUGACAAGUAAAACCAGAUAAUGCCCAUGUGUUUUGAAAGAUUUAUGUAAGAUUGUCAUAUCAAUUGUAUUUGGGAAUUACAUUAAAACUUUUAACAAAAACAAAAAAUCGA